AUGAAGUUCACUGGUUUGGGCACUGCCCUUAUAUUGGCACUGGACUAUGUCACUGGUCAUAAGAAAGCCGAUACAAUAGAGGAAAAGUACAUGGGACCCGAUGCGGCUGCCAAGAUAGCCCGCAAAUUGGCUCUGCACGAAGGUUUGUUGCACGCAAACACCAUUGAUGAGAAGUCCGGGACACCAGUGUCAUUUGUCGAGUAUUUUGUAGGAUCAGACACCUGCAGGGGCGUCGAGACCUCCAGCAACGGGAACAUCAUUCUGCUGUUGCUCAACAUGAGCUCAACGUACCAAAACUGGAACGCCGAUUCGAAACUUUCCGUCUCGAUUGAAGCGCACCACGGUUUUGGGAAGCCUGCCAUGGCCUCGCCCAGAGCCAACUAUUUUGGCGAGUUGAAACCUCUUGAAAAGUCCAAGGCCCUUGAGCAUUGCUUCCUGAAACGGCAUCCGGAUGCCCGCUGGUGGAUUCCAGACGGUGAACACGAUAAGGUUCACGACGCCAAGUGGUUUGAGCUCGACGUCAGUGAGGUCUACUUUAUUGGCGGAUUUGGCGAUAGAGCCUAUAUCGGUACAGUUAGCGGCGAGGAUUACCACGGCGCUUUCAAUCACUCAAGGCCGGGCCACCAUGGUGUCAAGAUGCACGAGCUUGAUCAAGAAACUGGCUCAAAUGCUGAACUUGACUCCAGACCACACAGGGAAGAUGGCCCAAGUGCUGAACUUAACCCCAGACCACAUGGAGAAGACGACCACGACGACCACGACGACCACGACGAGAGAAGAGCUCGCAAGAUUCUGGCUCCUAGCAAGCACGAAGAUUUUGGACAUCUAGAGGACCAUGAGGAAUCUUUUUUCGAACAUGAUCGCGAAUCUAAACCCAUCCAUGGCGCUUCCAACUCCGAAGAUGAAUCAGAUGAGAGAAAGAGUAGCCCCGAAAACAAAAAGGAGGCUAACAAAGGACAGCGCGGCCGCAAAGGUGGGUGCCACGGUUCGAUGCGCGGCGGCAGACAACACCAAUGA